CAUAGUGACCCGGUAUUUUAUGUCGUGAUAAAAUCUCUAUACAUAUAUAUAGAAUCUUCCUGUAAGAAAUGGUUUUGUCACUGAUCAUUUUGGUGUAUUUUCUUGGGGAAGCUGUUUCCGAUACAUUCUGCCCAGAUACAUGGGUUGCCGACAGAGGAUCUUGCUAUUUAUUCAACCCCGAUAGGGCUUCAAACUACGCUGACGCUAGACAAUACUGCAGUCAGCACAAUGGACAUUUAGUUGUGGUAAAUGACGUUCAUGAAAAUAAAUUCCUUAAGGAUUUUCUCAGAAGAUUGAAACCGAUGGGAUGGUGGAUUGGCCUCACUGAUGAAUUAGUAGAAGGCGAGUGGCUAUGGUACCCAAAAAAUGAGGCACCAGAAUACAAAGACUGGGUACCAGGAGAACCAAAUAGUAAUGGAGGAACACUCGAUGAAGAUUGUGCUUCAAUGUACCUCGAUGACUACCAUCAUGACUACCAAUGGGUCGAUGUUCAUUGCAAUCAAAUCCAUGGGCCAAUUUGUGAAAGGGAGGCCGGUACUGAUGGAAACAGUGGCGGUGGUAUCAUUGGGUAGAAUAAUUGACAUUUUAAUGUAACAUUCUCUUCCUAUGACAAAACUAUAAAAACAGAAACUACACAUAUUCUAAAUGAUUGUAUCUGUAUUAAAUCAGAAAAAAAGA